GCGGCCAUCUUGGGUCCGUGAGGCUCGGCUGUGCCGGGGAGCGGCGGCGGCGGCGGCUGCCGGCAGGGUGGGGGCGAAGUGGAAAGCGAACGGGAUAAGGGAAAGCAGCCAGGCGCAGGCGCCUCCCCCACGGCCCCCUCCAUGGUCGGCGCUCGCAGCUCGCGGCGGCCUGUCUUGAGCUCCACCUUCUUCACAUCCUCCUGCUGCUCCUCCUGUCUCGGGGCUGCCCGCGACGCUGUGUGGAGGCCCCGGCGCUGAGCUCCGCGGCGCGACGGGCGGGAGCGGCGGAAGAGGCGAGCGGGCCGGGGCCCGCGGGACGCCCUGAGGCGCGGGGACGCCGGCCGGCCGCCCGUCGCGCCCCGCCCCGCAGGGCUCCUGGCCGCGGCCGCCGGGGCCGGGGGAGAAUGAGCCCCGGGGCCCGCGGGGGCACGGCCCGGGCCAGGCCCCGGAUCUAGACCGAGGCCGCGGGGCGGGCGACUCGCGGCCGCUGCUCGCCUACCGCCCAGGGCUGGGCGGUUUUGUUUUCGCCCUCGCGUGGUGCAGAGUCGAAGCGCAGUAAGAUGUCCACUAGGACCCCCUUGCCAACCGUGAAUGAACGAGACACUGAAAACCACACCUCACAUGGAGAUGGGCGACAAGAAGUCACCUCCCGCACUGGGCGCUCUGGAGCUCGGUGUAGAAACUCCAUAGCUUCCUGUGCGGAUGAGCAGCCUCACAUCGGAAACUACAGACUGUUGAAAACGAUCGGCAAGGGGAACUUUGCUAAAGUGAAAUUGGCACGACACAUCCUUACAGGCAGAGAGGUUGCAAUAAAAAUAAUUGACAAAACUCAGUUGAAUCCAACAAGUCUACAAAAGCUCUUCAGAGAAGUAAGAAUAAUGAAGAUUUUAAAUCAUCCAAACAUAGUGAAGUUGUUUGAAGUCAUUGAAACUGAAAAAACACUCUACUUAAUCAUGGAGUAUGCAAGUGGAGGUGAAGUAUUUGACUAUUUGGUUGCACAUGGAAGAAUGAAGGAAAAAGAAGCAAGAGCUAAAUUUAGACAGAUCGUGUCUGCAGUACAGUAUUGCCACCAAAAGCGGAUCGUUCACAGAGACCUCAAGGCUGAAAAUCUGUUGUUAGAUGCAGAUAUGAACAUUAAAAUAGCAGAUUUUGGUUUCAGCAACGAGUUCACUCUUGGCAGUAAGCUAGACACAUUCUGUGGUAGUCCUCCAUACGCAGCCCCAGAGCUUUUCCAGGGCAAGAAGUACGACGGGCCGGAAGUCGACGUGUGGAGUCUUGGCGUGAUUCUGUACACCCUAGUCAGCGGGUCACUUCCCUUUGACGGGCAAAAUCUGAAGGAACUUAGAGAGAGAGUGUUGCGAGGGAAAUACAGAAUCCCUUUCUACAUGUCCACAGACUGUGAAAACCUUCUCAAACGCUUCCUGGUGCUAAACCCAAUUAAGCGAGGCACUCUAGAGCAAAUCAUGAAGGACAGGUGGAUCAAUGCAGGGCAUGAGGAAGAUGAGCUUAAACCCUUUGUUGAACCAGAACUAGACAUCUCAGACCAAAAGAGAAUAGAUAUUAUGGUAGGAAUGGGAUAUUCACAAGAAGAAAUUCAAGAAUCUCUCAGUAAAAUGAAAUAUGAUGAAAUCACAGCUACAUACUUGUUGUUGGGGAGAAAAUCUUCAGAGCUGGACGCUAGCGACUCCAGUUCUAGCAGCAACCUUUCACUUGCUAAGGUGCGGCCAAGCAGUGACCUCAGCAACAGCACUGGCCAGUCUCCUCACCACAAAGUGCAAAGAAGUGUUUCUUCCAGCCAGAAGCAGAGACGGUACAGUGACCAUGCUGGACCAGCUAUUCCUUCAGUUGUGGCAUAUCCAAAGAGGAGUCAGACCAGCACUGCAGAUAGUGACCUCAAAGAAGAUGGAAUUCCUUCCCGGAAAUCAGGUGGCAGUGCCGGGGGAGGAAAGGGAAUUGCUCCAGCCAGUCCCAUGCUUGGGAAUGCAAGUAAUCCCAACAAGGCGGAUAUUCCUGAACGCAAGAAAAGCCCUGCUGUCCCCAGUAGUAGCACAGCAUCUGGAGGGAUGACACGGCGGAAUACUUAUGUUUGCAGUGAGAGAACCACAGCGGACAGGCAUUCAGUCAUCCAGAAUGGCAAGGAGAACAGCACCAUUCCUGAUCAGAGAACUCCGGUUGCUUCAACCCACAGUAUUAGCAGUGCCACCACCCCGGACCGAAUCCGCUUCCCAAGAGGCACUGCCAUUCGUAGCACUUUCCAUGGCCAGCCCCGGGAACGGCGAACUGCAACAUACAACGGCCCUCCUGCCUCACCCAGCCUGUCCCACGAAGCCACACCACUGUCUCAGACUCGAAGCAGAGGCUCCACUAAUCUUUUUAGUAAAUUAACUUCAAAACUCACAAGAAGUCGCAACGUCCAUGCUGAGCCGAAGGAUGAGAACAAAGAAGCAAAGCCUCGCUCCCUGCGCUUCACCUGGAGCAUGAAAACCACUAGUUCCAUGGAUCCCAGUGACAUGAUGCGGGAAAUCCGCAAAGUGCUGGACGCCAAUAACUGCGACUAUGAGCAGAGGGAGCGCUUCCUGCUCUUCUGCGUCCAGGGCGACGGGCACGCAGAGAACAUGGUGCAGUGGGAGAUGGAGGUGUGUAAGCUGCCGAGACUGUCUCUGAAUGGGGUCCGGUUCAAGCGGAUAUCAGGGACAUCCAUAGCUUUCAAAAAUAUUGCUUCCAAAAUUGCCAAUGAGCUAAAGCUGUAACCCAGUCACUAUGGUGUAAAUUAAGUAGCAAUUUAAAGUGUUUUCCUGAACACUGAUGGAAAUGUAUAGAAUAAUAUUUAGGCAAUAACGUCUGCAUCUUCUAAAUCAUGACAUUAAAGUCUGAGGACAAGCGCACGCCUGGGAGCGGAGGCUGGCCUUUUCUACAAAUGCACUACAUUAAAGUCGUGUGACCCCGUG